CCCAUCCACCAUCACAUUCACAUAAACAUGCUGUGCGCAAUCUCAGGAGAGGCACCACAAGUGCCCGUCGUCUCGCCUAAGAGCGGCAGUGUCUUCGAGAAGCGGCUUAUUGAGGCAUACAUCGCAGAGAACGGAAAGGAUCCCGUGAACGGGGAGGAGCUUGCCGCAGACGAGCUGAUCGAGGUCAAAUCCCAGCGCGUCGUUCGGCCCAGACCUCCCACCCUGACCUCGAUUCCCUCGUUGCUCAGCGUCUUCCAGGAGGAGUGGGACGCUCUGGCUCUCGAGACCUACACGCUACGACAGACUUUGGCACAGACCCGGCAGGAAUUGAGCGCGGCGCUCUACCAGCACGAUGCCGCCGUUCGGGUGAUUGCCCGGUUGACGAAAGAAAGGGACGAAGCCCGCGAUGCACUGUCGAAGGUUACUGUCAGUGCCAAGGGCGAUGGUGAGGCUAUGCAGGUCGAUGCGACCGGUCUGCCUGAGGCGGUUCUCGCUCGCGUGGAAAGUACACAGGCUGCACUCUCCAAAACCCGUCGCAAGCGUCCUAUCCCCGAGGGCUGGGCUACGAGUGAGAAUAUCUCCGCCUUCAAGCCUACACAAACCUCCGAGACCCUUCAGUCCGGCGCGAGGACAUUGUCUGUCAACUCGUCUGGAGAAUUGGCUAUCGUUGGCGGCGCAGAGGGCACGGCCAGCGUAUAUUCCGUCUCCCAGAAACAGCUCGCUCAGACUCUUCAAGCAAGCGGGCCCGUCACCAGUGCUGCAUGGGCUGGUGACAAAGCCAUCAUUGCCUCGUCUACGGGUUCUGUCAAGGUGUUCGAGAAUGGAAACGAAGUGGCAAGCUUCAGCUCUCACGCGGGAGCAGCGACGGCCGUGGCCGUGCAUGCUACUGGCGACAUUGUGGCUUCCGUCGGUGCUGACAAGAGCUACGUGCUGUAUGACCUGACGACGAACGCCGUCAUCACCCAGAUCUUCAGCGAUGCCUCCCUUCUCUCCGUUCAUUUCCACCCUGACGGGCACCUCCUUGCUGCUGGUGGUCAGGAUGGCCAAAUCAAGAUUUUCGACGUCAAGACCGGUGCUGCUGCCGCCAGCUUCUCGAUGUCCGCCCCUGUCAAGGAUCUGUUCUUUUCCGAGAACGGCACUUUCUUGGCUGCCGUGGCUGAGAAAUCCACAACCGUGUCUAUUUGGGACCUCCGCAACGGUCAAGAAAUUAAGGUGAUCGAGACGGGCAGCCAGGUUGACUCGAUCAACUGGGACUACACCGGACAAUUCCUGCUCACGGCCGGACCCAGCGGAUUGACGGUGAACCAAUACUCCAAGGCGGCCAAGUCAUGGACAGAGUCUCUGCGGAGCGCCGUACCCGCGGUGGCAGCGGUCUGGGGUUCCGCGGCUCAAAGCAUUGUGGCGCUGAACACCGAGGGAGGUGUGACGGAACUCGCCGCAGAGUAAUUCUGAUUGAUACCUGGUGAAACUGGACUGAAAAUCAACAACAAUGUUUGCCCUGUAAUUCUAGCUGGUUCUGGUUUCAACUCGAUCAUUUGUGAACGGCGUCUCUACUUGGAAUCUCUUCAAUGUUUUUUUUUUUUUUCUUUUUCUUGGUGUUGUAUUUCUUUGCCACCAAGCCAGACCACGAUAGGGGAUAAGUAGAGUUCAGAGAUCCAGGAUGCAAAAAAGAAGAAAGAAAAAGAAAGAGAAGUGUGUUGAUGGUUAAAUGAGCACGCAUAGAAAUUGAGUUGUUACACCACGAGUGUUGAAGAGCGUCACCGAUUACAUACUCCGGAGUAGUUAAAAUGACUCUGGAUUAUUAUUCACCACCAACUGCUCUGUUUGUUAUGUCGAGAGCAUGUCGGUGCCCAGU